AGGGAUUUUGUAGACACAGCAGCACCAACUACCUCGUUCCAGCUCAGAUUAGUAGACGGGACACACCUUGCAUCCAGGUUCAACAGCCACCACACCAUCAGACACUUGCACGGUCGCUUCAAGACCAUGUGGCUCCAGAGAGUACCAGAAAUUCUAGCUUUAUUCGAGACCAUUCGGUAUAUGUCAUUCUCUGGUUGCGUUUUUGUUGCCAGUGUUGAGAACCUUAUCAUUGACUCAACUAUUUGGUCAACGCUAGGACUUGGGAUAAUUUGAGAGAAUCAACAAAUCUGUUUUCUUUAAGAUUCAUCUUCCAUCCACUUCCUAUGCAAAAAUCAAAUUUGACUCGGUUUCUAACGACUCGACUACCGUAUCUUUUGUACAGAAUAAUCGUUUUAGAAAUAUUUUAUUCAAAAAAUUGUCCAAUUAUAUAAUUUCCUACUCGUGAAUUUACGAAUUGACCAGUUGCUGCUUUGACUCCACACACAUGUAAGCUCCCUUGAAUGAAGGACAUAAAGGUAAAUUGACAUACCGGCCAAUCUGUCGAUUCCCUGUUUUUCAUUUUUUCUUGUUCUCUUCGAAAAAAAAACAAAAAUUGAUAUUCUGUAUUUUUUGCGCAAAAAAAAAAAAAAUUCUGUAAUUCGAAUUCGAAGGAAGCCAGAGAUUUAACUGUUGGAAAAAAAAAACUAGAAAAGGGAGAGAAAUAGUGAGAGUCGAGAAACAAUUAUUUAAUUUGUUUCAUUACAACCUUAAAUCGUCAUACUCUGUUCUGUAUCUUCUCAGAUUAUUUUCUCUAAUUAGCUGCUGUGCUUCGUUGCCUUGUCUUCUUUCUCCUGCCCUCUCUCUCUCUCUCUCUCUCUGCUCGAUUGAUUCAGUUAAGGAGAGAAAAAAAAAGGUUUAUCACAAGAUCCCUUGAAGCUCAGCUCGCAUUUCUUAGGGUUUGAGUGCCCAGAUCUCCAUUGUAAGCUCUUCUUCUUCAUCCUCCUCAUAUAGCUUUCCUAACUUCAUCCUCAAUUGAAUCUGCGAGUUUCUCCUUCCAUUUCUUUAAUUCUUGAUUCAUAUCGCGGUUCAAUGAUAAAGGGGUUUUCAGUUAGAAGCAAGAUAAUUUAGGGCUUUUAAUUCAAUUAGAUAUGAUGAAGCAAAUAUUUGGGAAAUUACCCAAAAAAACUUCCAAAUCAUCCAAUCCAAACGUAGAAGUCCCUCCCAGCUCAAAACCUUCAAACUCAAAUGCACCAAAUGGCACCGUUGCUCCUUCCUCAAACAGAGCCACCAAUGGGGUUUACGAAGCCCUGCCUAGCUUCAGAGACGUUCCCACCUCAGAGAAACCAAACCUCUUCAUCAAGAAACUGACUCUAUGCUGCGUCGUCUUCGACUUCACCGACCCUUCCAAGAAUCUCAGAGAGAAAGAGAUAAAGAGGCAGACUUUGCUCGAGCUCGUUGACUACAUCUCCACCGUCUCCACUAAGUUCACCGACGCUGCGAUGCAAGAGAUUGCGAAGCUGGCUGUUGUUAAUCUCUUCAGGGAGUUCUCUUCCGCGAAUCAAGAAAGCAAGAUGCUGGAAACACUUGAUGCUGGUGAUGAUGAGGAGCCUGCUUUAGAGCCUGCUUGGCCUCACCUUCAAGUUGUCUACGAGCUUCUCCUUAGAUUCGUGGCUUCGCCCAUGACUGACGCCAAGCUUGCAAAGAGAUACAUCGACCAUUCUUUCGUCUUGAAGCUUUUGGAUUUGUUUGACUCUGAAGACCAGAGAGAGAGGGAGUAUCUGAAGACCAUUCUCCAUCGAAUCUACGGGAAGUUCAUGGUUCACCGUCCUUUUAUAAGAAAAGCUAUCAACAAUAUCUUCUAUAGAUUCAUGUUUGAGACCGAGAAGCAUAACGGUAUUGCGGAGUUGCUUGAGAUUCUUGGAAGUAUAAUCAACGGUUUCGCUUUGCCGUUGAAAGAAGAGCACAAGCUCUUCCUUGUCCGGGCUUUGAUACCGCUUCACAGACCUAAAUGCGCUGCGGCUUAUCACCAGCAGCUUUGUUACUGCAUUGUUCAGUUUGUAGAGAAAGACUUCAAGCUUGCUGACACGGUCAUUAGAGGGCUUCUGAAGUAUUGGCCUGUGACUAACAGUUCAAAGGAAGUUAUGUUCCUUGGUGAGUUGGAAGAAGUCUUGGAAGCAACUCAAGCAGCUGAGUUUCAGCGGUGUAUGGUUCCUUUGUUCCGUCUAAUCGCAAGAUGCAUCAACAGUUCGCAUUUUCAGGUGGCUGAAAGAGCUUUGUUUCUGUGGAACAACGACCACAUAAGAAACCUGAUUACUCAAAACUAUAAAGUGAUUAUGCCGAUUGUGUUCCCGGCUAUGGAGAAGAACACGCGGGGCCAUUGGCACCAAGCGGUUCAGAGUCUGACUUUGAAUGUGAGAAAGGUACUGGCAGAGACAGACCAGGCUCUGUUUGAUGAAUGCUUAGCCAAGUUCCGAGAAGACGAGGCGAAUAAAACCGAGGCUGUAGCCAAACGAGAAGCAACAUGGAAGCUUUUGGAAGACUUGGCGGCUUCCAAAACCGUGAGCAACGAGGCAGUGCUGCUCUCAAGGUUUUCAUCUUCGGUUACACUUGCCACUGGGAAAACUUCUGCUAGUUGAACACUUUCAAAAGAUCCAGCAGAGUUGUAGGAAACAUCAGGAUCAGUACUUAAAAUGGAGAAACCGAAGCGGAAUGCGAUGAUCAUCGAAGAGGAGCUGUGUCAUCAGUGAAUACUUUUAACAUUUAUUUUUUUCAGGUUUCUGGAAUCAAGGGUUGCUCAAUUUAUUUGUUGUUUCUGAUCUCUUUUUUUAUUAUCAGCUCUUAAAAGGAGUUGCAAAAAUCAAUAUGUUGUGUAAUAAAUUGGUUCUAUAGAUAUAGUUCUUCAUAGGAUGGCUAAAUAAUUUUUCGUAUUA